AUGUCAGGAGAAUUAGAACUACUCAAAACUCAAGUUGCUGAAUUGCAGGAGCUGGUUAAACGCCAAACUCUUUUGAUAUCAAAAACGGGGCAAAAUGUUUUAGAAUUACAGGUCUCUAAACAGAGAUCAGAUGUCAACUCGUUUGGCAGUAGUAAACAAUCAUCUGGUUCAAAGGUGAGUAAUCCGCAGGUCGAGUCAGCAGAUUUGGCUACCAAUGAAGAUUUGGUGCAGCUCGUGGGUGAAUUGCAAGGUCAAUUAGACACAAUCGAGGAGAGAUCGAUUAGAAGAUUGGCAAACUCUGCAAAAGUAGAUGCCCAUGAAUUUUUAUCUCCCUUGCCCAAUGCUGACGGUGAGAUUCCACUAGCUGAAGGAAACCUGUUUCCUCGCACUUUGAAGGAAUUCAAAGCGAUAACAAAUAUCUCACUUUUCAAACUAGCCAAGUUUUAUGAGCUAUUACCACCAAGUUUGAAAGAGCAAGAAGCUUUCGAAGAUUUUUUGGAAGGCAAAGUUCAAGAUUUUCAUAUUGACGAGAUUCCAGAUGAAGAAGUUGAAAAGGAACUUAAGAAAUAUUCAGCUGAUCAGUUAGAGGAUGUCUUUAAUGAUCUAGCAAGAUAUUUGGGUCUGAAACAAAGAAGAGGUACAGCAACUUGGUAA